ACGUCAUUGUCAAGGUGUUCUGAAACGCGCACGUCGAUUUGUUUUUAUUCGAGAAAAAUACCGAUAGCUGAUAAAAAACUGCAUUGUAAUUCAAUAUUAUCGAAUAAUUAUAACUUUAUAUAGUAAUCUAAGUAUUCUAUACCAAGAUGUUGAUGUCCAAGCUGGAAGUUCUAGUAGACUUCGGUCCGAAGCCAGACGAAGUUGUCCUAAACAAGACCCUCGCAGAACUGAAGUCCCAAGAAGGAGUGAAAGACGCAGUGUAUAAGGAAGGAGCCAUAUUAGUUGAGACUGCGCUACCGAGCACACAAGUACUGGAGAUGGUCUCCAAGACUUCUGGCAAACGAGCUGUGUUGCAGGGCUUUGGAGAAACCCAAUCAGCAGUAGCGAUGAUAUCGAGCCAGUCCUGCUGCAAGAUCAAGAGGCAGGUGCUGGGAGUGAUCAGGUUCCAGCAGACGGAGGAGGGUGCGCUAGUAGCUGAUGGCAGCAUCGACGGGCUGCCGGCAGGCAUGCAUGGUGUGCACGUGCAUACUGCUGGGGACUUGAGCCAGGGCUGUAAAUCUAUAGGCGAGCACUUCAACCCGUGCGGGGCUCCACACGGUGGUCCCGAAGACCCGAAGGACAGGCGCCACGCCGGUGAUCUUGGCAACAUCAUCGCUGAUGAGAACGGACGCGCUACCUUCAGAAUAGUCGAUAAUGUACUAAAGGUAUGGGAUAUAAUCGGCCGAUCAGUGGCUGUGACUGAAAGAAAGGACGACCUCGGUCGAGGUUGUUCACCGUCCUCGAAGAUAGACGGCGAUAGUGGGACACCGAUAGCAUGUGGCAUCAUAGCUCGUUCAGCGGGCGUGUUCCAAAACCCGAAGCGUAUAUGCGCAUGCGACGGUGUCGUGGUGUGGGACGAGAGGGACCGCCCUCUAGCCGGCAAGGGCAGAAGAGAGGAGAAGCAAGAGAAGCAAGAGAGGAGAUGUUGCCAGAAUCAUAGUAAUAACGCUAAUGUUAAUCCUUGUUGUAAAGUUUAAUUUUAAUAGUACGGCCUCGCAGGAAACCGGCGUGAAAGGGGGACAAAUGAGCUGGGGCCUUAGUCUGCUAUUAGAGGGACGGAGCUAUACAACCUACAUAGCUCCGUCCCUCUUGCACUGCUUAAUGAUCGAGAGAGACGGAGCUAUACAAUCUACAUAGCUCCGUCCCUCUCGCACUGCUCAGUGAUCGACCAUUCUGACACAAUUGUAAUAGCAGACUAAGGGCCCUGAUGGAUUCCCUGAUGGUAAGCAAUCCCCGCUCAUAGAUACCCAGAAUAUCAAAGGAGUUACAAGUUCAUCGAUAACGGGGACGGGGGACGAUGGGGCGGGGAGUGUUUUACCCUCCGGUAUCCUCAUUAACACGGUGAAACACGCCCAAGAGAGGGUAAACUCUUAAACCCUCAAUAUGAAUGGACUGGCACGACCGGAGUGAUAUCACGGCCUUGCAAAAAACACCAAAAUAAAGGCCGAAUAAAAAGGUUUGCUACGAAUUUAUAUCUCCUGUGGUGUUGCGGGUUCAUGGACGCGGAUUGCUUGCCAUCAGGUAACCUGUCUGCUCGACUGCACGCAGUAAUAUAUUUUUAAUUUAAUUUAAUUCAUAUAAGUACAUAAUACUGCUUUAAGUAAUGUAUAUGGGAAGGUAUAUACUUGUAUAAGUUAUUUUUCAUUGAUUUGAAUAAUAAAAACAUGUUGUUAUUGUUGAA